UGAGCCUUCUAAGGCAUUAGGUACACCAGAGAAAUAAAAUUUGCUUUACUGUAAUACAUGUGGUAGAAGCUUUACACGUAAGGACUGUCUUCAAUCUCAAAUAUUUCGACAUGUGGCACAAAAACUAUUUGUUUGUACGUCUUGUGGAAGGAAUUACACAGAUUAAGGGUAAGAUUUCACGUUCACACAGCGGCAGAUACGAAGAUUACUGUCUUCUGGGAUGUCGCUCCCUUCCACUUCUUCACUGUAUUCAAUGGAGUGAUCCAACGGGAAGAUGUUUCCAGAAGUUUCGUAUCUAGAAGUCCAGACCGUAAUUGCAUUGUUUGCCGAAAUGCUGGUUAACAUGAAACAUUCAACUCCCACCGAGGAAACCUACGGCCAAGUUUAGUUCAGUUAUCUGUGCACUAGAAGGCAGACAUAUUAUCGCUGACUGCAAAAGGACGCUUAUAUCAUUGUCCACGUUUGUUCAGAAGUGUGAAGUAAUAUCAGUACGAUUCUCUCAAGCUAAUUUCCUAUUCAAUACACCAAUCAAGAUGUGUGAUGAACGAGAUUCAUACGUUCAAAUAAUGUUGCAGUCUCCCGCAAAAAGAGUGCCAAAAAUUGUAUUACACAGAGCUGAAGAAAUAUUUCCAUCUCUGAAGGGUACCUCCCAGAAUAUUGAUAAAAUCAAGAUAGAAAAUGAAGUGGAUGUUCUGAGUGAAGAAGAUUCUGUUUGCGUGAGAAAUGAUGAGGUUAGCACACCAUCAGCUUUUCCCAUAAUAAAGGAUGAAUGGAAGAACUGUAUGGAUUUGGUGAAAGAUGAACCUGAUUCAGACAGUGAUAUGUGUCAGGAUGGAAAUCAGGUCAUCGGUGUAAAAGCUGAGGAUGUCUCAGAUAUAAAAAUUGAGGAACAUCCUAUUCCAAUAACAAAUCUGGUUAUGAAGGAUGAACAGGAGCGGGUCCUCAGAAUGUACAUGAACUUAAGCAAGGUGGGGGACAUCCCAAUUCUUGUGGUGUAUGCAGUAAAACAUUCUCUUAUCCAAGUGAACUAAAGAGACAUCAACGCAUGCAUAGUGGAGAGUGUCCAUUCACCUGUAAUGUGUGCAAUAAGUCGUUCCGACAUAAUUAUAAUUUGAAGAUACAUAAAUGUGUACUUAGUGAUGAGCGUCCAUAUUUGUGUAACGUGUGUAAUAAAUCAUUCACUCAGAAGGACAGUCUGAAAGUACAUCAAGUCAUACACAGUAAAGAGCGUCCAUAUUCGUGUGAUGUGUGUGAUAAGUCAUUUACUUGGAGGAGAAGUCUGAAAGAACAUCAAGUCAUACACAGUGGAGAGCGUCCAUAUUCGUGUGAUGUAUGUAAUAAGUCAUUCACUCUGAAGAAUUAUCUGAAAGUACAUCAAGUCAUACACAGUGGAGAGCGUCCAUAUUCGUGUGACGUGUGUAAUAAAUCAUUCAGUCUGAAGAUGAGUCUGAAAGUACAUCAAGUCAUACACAGUGGAGAGCGUCCAUAUUCGUGUGACGUGUGUAAUAAAUCAUUCACUGUGAAGAAAAGACUGAAAGAACAUCAAGUCAUACACAGUGGAGAGCGUCCAUAUUCUUGUGACGUGUGUGAUAAGUCAUUUAUUUGGAGGAGAAGUCUGAAACACCAUCAAGUCAUACACACUGGAGAGCGUCCAUAUUCGUGUGACGUGUGUAAUAAAUCAUUCACUCAGAAGAACAAUCUGAAAGUACAUCAAGUCAUACACAGUGGAGAGCGCCCAUAUUCUUGUGACGUUUGUAAUAAAUCAUUCACUGACAAGAGUAGUCUGAAAAAACAUCACGUCAUACACAGUUUAGAGCGUCCAUAUUCUUGUGACGUGUGUAGUAAAUCAUUCACUCGGAGCAGCAGUCUGAAGAAACAUCGUUUAUUACAUUCAUAACCUGUGAUGUGUGUGUCAGUUCAUUCAGUCACUAGGGUCGUCUGAAGAGACAUUAGAGGAUGUAACAUGGAUAGUGUCCAUGCUUCUGUGUGUGUAUGUGCGCUAAACAGCGUGAUCUCAAGAAUCAUUAAUGUAUGUAUGGGUGUUUUUUUUCUAUCAUGUGUGUAAUACGUCGUUUCAUUGUCAGGGUACUCUGUGGAGACAUAAUUAUAUACACAGCAUCCAUAUCACGUGAUUUCUGCUUCGAGUUUCUGAACAAAUGUCAUCUUAUUCAUAACUGAUGUGUGUGUAAGAACAUGUCCUGGAAUUGGUGUAACAAUUUACAAAAGAGGAAAUGGUAGAAACGAACAGGUCUAAGAAUUUCAGUAAAACUUGUCAACAUUCACAGCCUGAGAUCUGUGAUAAAUUUAUUAAGAAGGAUUUCCAAUGAAGACUCAAAAUAAGACAUAAGUAAUAUUAAUUGCUGUUUUGUUUUUCUUCCUUCCCGAGCCAACUUCGGUUUAAACGAUGUACAAGGUUCGUGUUUGAACUCGGUACACAUUACUAAUAGUACAGAGUAUUUAACGUUGUCAGUCAAUAUGUUUAUUUGACAAUGCUGAAUUUAGUGCUUUCAGACGUUAUUAUAAAGGUGUUAACUUCUACUAUACUUUGUCCUUGAUCACUUGAAUAUGUUUUUACCAGUGGUGGCCCGUCCAUAAGAGGGGCAGCACCCCCUAUAAUUUUUCAAAAAUUGAAAAAAUAAUUGUUUGUGUUUAUAUAAUUUGUAACAGUUUAUUUCCUCUACAUCGUUAUUUUAAUAUUGCCCCUUACGUUGUCAUUAUCCACUAAUCGGCUUAACUGACAAUAAGUCCGCGGGUAAGGAGUGCGAAAGAGAAAUAGGGCUGCAACGAUUUCAGCGCUGCUGGCUGGCUGGUCCAAUGUUGCGAGCGCAGUAUGAGGUAGAGUGAGGGGCAGUUCACUGUUACAGCGCGAAUCGGAGCUGCAGUCCCUGCAUCCGGCUUAGAGUAAACACACUUGCCUGGUACCACGUGUUUUAGACUGGUUUCGGGGUUUUUGUUAAUGAGUGUUCAAUAAUUCUGUGUGCUGACUAUUUUUGCUCUGAUAGUGAUAAUGAGCAAAGGAAGUGCAUCAUAGUUACAGCGAAUUGCCUUUUCUAAAUUGUUUUUGACUGAAAAAAGAGAUGUAAAAACUCAUGGCCAUUCUCUUGCAGACUUAGAAAUAGAAAAUCAUCAUCGAGCAGGUAUGGGUUUUCUCCUGAUGUAUUGUUAUGUGUUGAAAAACUAUUCUGAUUUUUCCGCUUUGCGCAGCACUACCACUGCUCAGACUCGCGAGACGCCACUGGUUUUUACUUUGUUAUUAAUAGGACAGUGCUUCUUUUAUUGUUAUAUUCCUCUGUGCAUAAUAUAUUUUUAAUCUUGAUAAAAUUACUUUCUGUGUCAUCUUUAUUGGUGAACACAAUAGUAUUAAUACUUUAUGAGAAAAAUGUAAGUGCUUAAUUCUACCCGGGGCCUUGGCCGAAUAUAAGACUUGGAAUUUUGUAUUGUUUAUGUAUUUUUAAAGAAUGCCCAUAGGAAGAUUAAUUGUUUAUGUAACGGACAUUUCUUCAUACUCCAGAUAGUACAUAAAGCAUGUAGUUGUACAUUCAGAGGUCACAGUUAAUGUGUUACACUGAUUUUUAUUUAUAGUAUGUCAUUUUGGGUCCAUAUCCUCUAUGGAUGAACAUAAGUUAUCUGACAGCUGAACGCAAACAUUAUUUCAUGUUGAAGAUGACUGUCUUCUGGGAUGUUAUGGCGUGUGGUCUGAUGGAAGUUUGUCGAUGUUUGCUGCCUCUGCCCUGAAGAUAGAGGCAGCAAACAAAUGUGAAAGUCUUGCCACCUUUUUCCAGACUACAUGUUGUGACAUUCAUGAAGAUGGUCGUCUAAUACUUGCUACUCUGAGACCCUAAAAUAUGACGUUGUUUGUUGUUGUUGGCAACUUAAAUAGUUAAGUACGCAGCAGAAAAUAGGUAAUUAAAGAAGCUGAAAACCAUUGUGUGAGAUUAUACAUACAAUGCGAUAUUUGUUGUGUUAGUAUCUUUGUGGGAGUGAUGUAACAUCUACAGUAACACAGAUGCACUUUCAAUAAAUGAAUGCUAAGACCUUU